CUGCGUCUGUAGGGAGCUACUGUACGUUUUCUGAUCGUUGCAGUUUUAGGUAUACAAUGUUAUUAAUGUUAUAGCUACAUAUGACCCUGGUGAUGUUUGAUGAGAAAUGAAUGGAAGAUGACGUCAGGUAUGAGACCACCUGCAGUGCCUUUCCUUUUUCUCUUGAUUUUGGUGCUUACGUUCCUGGUUUGCAAGGGACGAUUAUUCACAAACCACUGGGCUGUGAGAAUAACUGGAGGGCUAGAAAAUGCUGACCUGAUCGCUGAAAAGUAUGGAUUUCUGAAUAUGGGGCAGAUCGGGGGUCUGACGGACCACUACCACUUCCUGCACCCAAAAACCAUCAAACGUUCCACCAUAGCAAGCAGAGGGAAGCAUAGCCUCAUUGCAAUGGAGAGCAAGGUGCACUGGAUCCAGCAGCAGAAGCUUCACAGGAGGGUGAAACGAAUCAGCAGAAAUGAAGAGACCCAUUUCAGCAGCUUUAAUGACCCAAAAUGGGACAGCAUGUGGUACAUUCACUGUGAUCAGAACUGUCUGACUGACAUGAACAUUAAAGCUGCAUGGAGUCGAGGCUACACUGGGAAAGGAGUUGUGGUCUCCAUUUUGGACGAUGGUGUCGAGAAGCAAAAUCCGGACCUGAAACAAAACUAUGAUCCACGAGCUAGCUAUGAUGUCAACGGGAAUGAUGCUGACCCAACUCCAAGAUAUGAUGCAAAAAACGAAAAUAGACAUGGAACAAGAUGUGCUGGAGUGGUAGCUGCAACAGCUAACAAUUCAAUAUGCUCUGUUGGAAUUGCCUACAAUGCCAGAAUUGGUGGUGUCCGGAUGUUGGACGGUGACAUGACGGAUAUGGUGGAGGCCAAAUCCUUGAGCUUGAGGCAGCAGUACAUUGACAUUUACAGCUCGAGCUGGGGGCCAGAGGAUGAUGGUGGAACUGUAGAUGGGCCUGGACGCCUUGCCAAGCUUGCUUUAGAGAACGGCAUACGUAAAGGCAGGAAAGGUCGUGGUUCUAUCUUUGUCUGGGCAUCAGGAAAUGGUGGAAGAAAUCAGGACCAUUGCUCCUGUGAUGGCUACACAAACAGUAUCUACACCAUCUCUGUUGGAAGCACCACUCGGAGUGGACGCAAGCCCUGGUAUCUGGAGGAGUGUUCCUCUACUUUGGCCUCCACCUACAGUAGCGGGGAAAGCUUAGGGAUUGUGACAACAGACCUGAAACAGCGAUGUACCGAAGAGCACUCUGGCACCUCAGCCUCGGCCCCCAUGGCUGCUGGAAUCAUCGCUUUAACUUUAGAAGCAAAUCAAUUUCUGACCUGGAGGGAUGUGCAGCACAUCAUCGUGAAGACAUCACGCCGAGGCCACCUGACUGCUCCUGACUGGCACACCAGUGGAGCAGGAUAUAAUGUAAGCCACCUGUAUGGCUUUGGGCUGAUGGACGCUGAAGCGAUGGUAAAAGAAGCUGAAACAUGGCAACAGGUUCCUGCACAACAUGUGUGUGAUGAGAGCAUGGUUAACAAACCCAGAGUGAUUAGUCCAGACCAGGUGUGGCGGUUGGUGCACUCGUCCUCAGGUUGCUCUGGCCAGCCUGGCAGUCAUGUGAUGUAUCUGGAACAUGUAAUCCUACACAUCACCAUAACACACCCACAUCGUGGAGACCUGUCCAUAAACUUAACAUCUCCCUCUGGGACCACAUCUCAGCUCCUUGCCAUCCGUCCCAAUGACCACUCCAGUGACGCCUUUACGAAAUGGCAGUUCAUGACCACGCACUGCUGGGGUGAGACAGCAGCUGGAGACUGGAUCAUAGAAAUCAGAGACACUCCAUCCUUGAGGAGGAACCCCCAAAUCCAUGGAAAACUUGUAGAAUGCAGCCUGGUGCUUUAUGGCACCUCUGAGCAUCCGUACAAGCGACAUGAACACUCUCGGUCAGCUGAGAUGUCCAACGAUGAGGACACUGAUGAAUAUAAUAGCUCUUGUGAUCCAGAAUGUUCUCAGGACGGCUGUGAUGGACCAGGUCCACAUCAGUGUGUUUCCUGCCUGCACUAUUUCUUAAAGUUCAAGAAUGGCACAAGGAUGUGCAUGUCCCAGUGUCCACAGGGCUACUGGGGGGACAAGAAGCGGUGCAAGAAGUGCUACUCGACCUGCUUAACUUGUACAGGGAGCCGUGGUGAUCAGUGUUCCUCCUGUAUGCCUGGCUACCAUCUAGACCAAGAAACAAAGAGCUGUGUGACCAGCUGCGGAGACGGAUAUUUCCUUGAUCACGAAGAGAACUUGUGUGGGAAAUGCAGUGAGAAUUGUGGGAAAUGUACAUCAUUCAGCAUCUGCACUGAAUGCCCCGAAGGCUCGAGCCUGGUAGGAAACAGAUGCCAGAAGAGCUGUGAGACUGGAACCUACUAUCAACAACAGAGGGAUUCCUGUGAACCGUGUCACUUGGCCUGUGCCACCUGCUCAGCUGCAGGUUUUGACUCAUGCACUCGCUGUGCUGAUGGGUAUGUGAUGGAGGAAUGGAAGUGUGUGCUUUCUUGCACAGGGUUUUAUCUCGCACAAACCCCUUCUGACCUCACAGGACAAACUCAGGGUUAUUGCAGGAGGUGUGAUGUGAGCUGUCUAGCCUGUAUAGGACCAGGCAAAAGGAACUGUAGUGAGUGUGUGGAGGGGCUCACGCUGCAGGAUGGAGUGUGUGUGCUAACUCAUAACUGUGCUGAUGGAGAGUACCAGGAUGCCAAUGGGAUUUGCCAUGCAUGUGACAGCACAUGUAUCAAGUGUAAAGGGCCAAAGAACAAUGACUGCGUCUGGUGUGCAUCGCCCCGCUUGUUGGAUGAGGGUCUAUGUGUGACACGCUGCUCGGAGGGUAAAUACCCGUCAAGUGGACAGUGCCUUGUGUGUGACCACACCUGUGCUCAGUGUGUGGAUGCUGGCCCAUCAGACUGCACCAGCUGUAACAAAGACAGGUUUGGUCAGGACCGGUUCCUGUACAAUGGGGAGUGUGUGACUGCAUGUCCUGUGGCUUACUUCCACACUUCAGUGAAAACGUGUGAGCCGUGUCCAGAACACUGCAGCCUCUGCUCCUCCGCUACACACUGCCUAAAGUGCGACAGUUCCUACUACCUCAGCCAAGGAACAUGCACUGCCCUCGAAUGUGGGGAGGGCGAGGUUGAGGACCCUGAUUACGAUGACUGUAUGGCUUGUGAAGAAGGAUGCAAGAAGUGUGUGCUCUACAAUCCCAAGCACUGUCUAUCCUGCUCUGAUGGCUAUUACAAGUAUGAGGAAGGCUGCUAUAAGCAGUGUCCCGCCAAGACCUACACAGUGGAGGACACAAUGACCUGUGUGGCCUGUGAGCAUGACUGUGUCAAGUGUGAGGAAGACGAGUGCAAUUGGUGUGAGGCGGACUUCUUUUUAUAUGAGGGAAAGUGUGUACGUAAGUGUCCAGAUGGAUUUUAUGAAGACGAGGAUGAUCAGGAGUGUCUGGAGUGUUAUACAGGCUGCAAGACUUGCGCUGGACCAGAGGAGGACGAGUGCAUUCAAUGCCAUGAUGGCAUGGUACUGGUGAACGGAGAGUGUGAAGAAGAAGAGGAGAAAUGUCCUGAUAAAACCUACCGUACCGAUAACGGAAAAUGUGAGGCGUGCCAUCCCACAUGUGAAGUGUGCUGGGGUCGACUGAAGAAUCAGUGCACCACCUGCAUCGCAGGACGCUAUAUGAAUACUGAGCAGCAGUGUGUGACGCGGUGUCCGGCUGGCAGCUUUGGCAAUAAGGAAAGCUGGCAGUGUGAGGCAUGUCUUCAGGGUUGUGCACAAUGCCAGGAAAUGCAACGCUGCACUCGCUGCUUGUCUACUCACAAGAGCGUCCUCUACCUGCAGAACGGACAGUGCGUUCGCCAGUGCUCCAGGGGUUUCUUUCCUACAGGAGCGCUGUGUAAGAGCUGUGCACCAGGUUGCGCAUCGUGUGAGGAAAAUGCCUCAAACUGUCUUAGCUGUCAGCAGCCGUUGGUGCUUCACAAACAGCAGUGUGUAAAAGAGUGUCCUGAGGCACACUCACUUCAGGAGAGUGAGUGUACGCCCUGUCCAGACGGGUGUCUGGAGUGCACUGAGGAAGGCCAGUGUACAAAGUGUAAGGAGAACUAUCUGCAUGAGGCAGCAUGUGUGUCUGCAUGUCCUGAAGGGUUUUAUGGGGACAUGGAAGGUGUGUGUGCGCACUGUCACUCAGACUGUAGGCUUUGUCACGGGCCGGAUUCUACUGACUGCGACUCCUGCACCGAUCUUGACAGCACACUGAAAAGUGGGAUGUGUGUGUCUGCCUGCCCCUCACAAACAUACAGAGACGACAGGUCCGGGGAGUGUAUGGUGUGUGACAGCACGUGUCAGACCUGCUCAGGGCCACUGGAUACGGACUGCAUCAGCUGCCGUGAGGGCCUGCGAACGGACCUACAUGGACGCUGUGCCACGCCCACCAUCUGCCCCUCACACCACUAUAGUGACCGCAGUGGCGUGUGCCACCUGUGUCACAAACACUGCCAUCAGUGCUCCGGCCCGGACCACAGCCAGUGCCUCAGCUGCUACCCGAACCAUUAUUUGCUGAAUGGUUCUUGCGUAAACGAGUGUCCCACAGGUUUCUUUAAUGGAGAGACCCAGAGAUGUGAGCCGUGCCAUCCUAACUGUUUAAGCUGUACAGGGCGUCACAGCCACGAGUGCCUGGGCUGCAGAGCUCAUCUGUAUCGAGGGCAAGAGUGUGUAGAGACUUGCAGGCCUGGUUAUUACGCAGAUGAAGAGUCAAGAGCAUGUGAGCCGUGUGAGCCGAGCUGUGCAGAGUGUACACAAGCCGAGCGGUGCGUGAGCUGCAGGGAAGGGCUGCUGUUUGUGAAUAAGCAAGGCUGGUGUGUGUCCUCCUGUCCGUCUCAACACUACCAUGACACAAUCCAGAGCACCUGUGAGCUGUGCCAUGCCACCUGCAGGACAUGCACAGGUAAAGGAGUAAACGACUGCAGUUCAUGUCAUCCAGGAGACUCCCUCUCAGAGGGUACCUGUGACUCGCUCUGUGCCUUGGGAGAGUACUACACAUCUGAGGUGGAGGAGUAUUAUAAUUGUAAACCCUGUGACCAGUCAUGUUUAGCGUGUCAGGGACCUGGUCAGUACAACUGCACCGCCUGCCACUCACAGUUCAUCCUAGCCACUGGUGGGCGAUGUCUGCCUUGCUGUAGGAACGAGGAUGCUGGCGAGAAAGUCACCACGGCAGAGCAAGAGGAGUGCUGUAACUGUACACAGACCAGGGGUGAGUGCGUCCUGAGCACAAACUUUGCCUUCCGCAACCAUCAGGAACUGGAGCAUUCAGGCAACUUGUUCAUCUUCAUCACCACCUCCAUCCUGCUACUGCUGGGCCUUGGUGCUGUAGUCGUCCUCAUAGCUCGCUCGUUCUCCAAACGCCCCAAGCCUGAAACUCCUGUUCCCCGUGGUUAUGAAAAACUAGGUAACAACUCUGGACGGGAUAUUUUCCGUGGUGGUACGACAUCGUCCUCAUCAAUGUCGUCCAAGCAGGCAGGAGGGUCCGGUUACGGGUAUUUACACGAGGAGCAGCUGGUGGACCUGCGUGACAGGCAGACGAACCAAAACGACGAUGAUGAGGAUGACGAUGAUGAAGAUAUCGUGUACAUGGGGCAGGAUGGUACAGUGUAUCGCAAGUUCCGAUACGGGCAAAUGGCUUCGGAUCAGGACGAUCAGCUAGAGUAUGAUGAGUUAUAGAAUUAUACCUUCAAAUAAUCAAUAGCAAAAAGAGAUGAAAUAAAACGCUACAGGAGAUGGAUCGAUGGAUCUGUUUAACAAAGACAAUAAAACAAGUUACUGUUUACUGGAUAGAAGUUACUGGAUUAGUUGAGUAGUGGUUGAACGUGUAGUUUGAAAUGAUUAUGAGAUAAUGUAUUUUAUUUAUAUGUCUAAACAAAUUGGCCUAAAUCAGGUAACGAUGAGCUUGCACAGUUUGCAACAAUUUGGCAAAAGUUACCAUGUAAUUAAUUCUCCCUAAUCUGCAAUGAGUUCAGUUUACAUUUGAAUGAUCUGAAAAAUAUCCAGUUUCACCCCAUUUAAACGUUACUUUGUGGAUGUUGCCAUUUUCUCGGUAGGUCCUUUGCCUUCGUUUGCUGUCACGGUUUUUGUUGUGGACGUGUUAUUGUGGUCAUAUUCUCAGUUUAAUACUAAUGUAAUGACAUGUUGAAAUAAAACAUAAGAACACACCAAAAGGAACAACAUUUGCCUUUGUAUGGAAGUCCAUAAAAAAAAAAAAUUGCGCCUAAUUGCUUUAUUUCUCCCAAAUCCGAAUAUGUCUCACAAUUGAAACGAUGGAUAAAAUCAUAGAGGACUAUUUUAGGCAUGGUUUCACCAACUUCUCUGUCCUGUACCUGGACUGAGCGGACGCAGCCAUUGUAGCCUUAGCUCCUGCCUGCUACAGUGUGUACAUGCGUUGCACUGUAACAUUAAAGUGAUAUCUCAAUUGUAAGAAUUUAAAAAAAGGAACUGGGAGG